AUGGCUGUCAAAGUUUAUAUUGUGUACUAUUCCAUGUAUGGACAUGUUGAGAAACUAGCAGAAGAGAUAAAGAAAGGGGCUUCUUCUGUUGAAGGUGUUGAGGCAAAAUUAUGGCAGGUACCGGAGACACUGCCGGAGGAGGUGCUUGGUAAGAUGAGUGCACCACCCAAGAGUGAUGUACCAAUCAUUACCCCCAACGAACUCUCUGAGGCUGAUGGCUUUGUGUUUGGCUUCCCAACAAGGUUUGGAAUGAUGGCUGCUCAGUUUAAAGCCUUUCUAGAUGCUACUGGAGGUUUAUGGAGAGCACAACAGCUUGCAGGAAAGCCUGCUGGAAUCUUCUACAGCACCGGUUCACAAGGUGGUGGACAAGAGACUACAGCGCUCACGGCUAUCACUCAACUGGUUCAUCAUGGAAUGAUAUUUGUCCCCAUUGGUUACACUUUCGGUGCCGGCAUGUUUGAGAUGGAGAAAGUGAAAGGUGGAAGUCCAUAUGGAGCUGGAACUUACGCAGGAGACGGCUCAAGACAGCCAAGUGAGCUUGAGUUAGAGCAAGCAUUCCACCAAGGGAAGUACAUUGCAGCCAUCACAAAGAAGCUCAAGCAAGCUGCAUAA